CUGUUCACGAUACAAGGUGUCCUUUAUCAAUUUUUCAUCGAAACGUUCAAAUUUGUUAAUUCGUAGUUAAUUUUCGGGAUCGUGACUUUUACCAUGGCGGACUUAUCAACUGGUCAAGGAUACGAACAAGAUUCUCCUUACGAGGCUUCUUGGCAUAUUAUUCCACCUGAUUAUGUUCAUAUGGAAGAUGAAUAUCGAUACUCAUUGCUGGACAGCAUAAAAAUGACAACCUCGCUAGGCAACCAAAGACAACCAGCAAGUUUUGCCAUCAGCGACAUCCUGGAAUUGGACAGACAAAACAAUCCACAUCCAGAACUAGAUCCUAGUAUGACCGAAGCGCUAUAUACCAGCACCGAUUUACCUUAUAUUCCAAGGCAUUGGCCACCUGACCAUCAUGGUUUACCUCCAAUGCACCCGAUGCAUCAGCAACAGCAUCAUUUACUACCUCCCUUACAACAACCUCCUCAAGUCUCACCUGAUAGUACCAGUCCUCCAAUGUCAGACAGAUCCAGCGUAGAACCACACAGCAUUACAAAUCCUUCCACCCCAAUCGGUACUCAGCCUCUUACGAUAUUACAUCAAAGCGACAAUAACUCGGCACCUCCGAGCCAUGGAGGUUUGAGUGACACGGAAGACGCUGAAGGUGAUCAUGACGACGAUGGCGGAAAAGAUGACGAUAGAGAACAACACACGCCUGGACAUAAAAAGAGAAAGAGAAGAGUGCUGUUUUCUAAAGCGCAAACGUAUGAGUUGGAAAGACGGUUUAGACAGCAGAAAUAUUUGUCGGCUCCCGAAAGGGAACAUUUGGCAUCUAUAAUACGACUAACGCCUACACAAGUUAAAAUUUGGUUCCAGAAUCAUAGAUAUAAAACCAAACGUGCCCAACACGAAAAAGGUAUGCACGAUCAACAAAAUAAUAAUCCUUUACCCUCGCCAAGACGGGUGGCUGUUCCUGUAUUGGUGCGCGAUGGUAAGCCUUGUUUGGGUGGACCUCCUAAAUCCCAAGAAAAUCUUCAAAUUCCUCCAGGCCAUUUGGGACCUCUUAUGAGUGGCCACCAUGGCCCCCACCAUCCUGUUUUAUAUAGUCAGCCCAGGUGGCACUGGUAAAUUAAUUUUUUAGUAAAAGCCAACGUUUAUUAGUUUUAGUACAAACGAUUUUCAAAAUGGGGCAAUGCAAGAAAUGCAACAACUAUCAAUCUAAUUUUUUGUGAUCUAAUGAAAAACUUUGUUUUUUUAUAAGAAAAUGUUCUAUUUUCAUUAAAAAAAAAAAAUCAAGAUAAAGACGACCUUAUUAAAUUAAUUAAAGGUCGUCCUGUUACCAAGACCUUUUUUCUGAUUGUGUUUGAGCAAAUACUCUUAUCAUCUAAAACAAUUUUAUAAUUAUAAAGUAUUGAUAAAAGUUAUUGAUGAUUGAUAAAAUGUAAAAUUUCAUUUAAUUGAUUAAAAUGACGCUUCCAAUUUAUUUUAUUUUUCUUACAUCCUGAAAUUAUUUGUUUUCACACAAGAACAUAAGAUUUCCACAAAUCGACUUUUUGUACAUAAUUUUUUUACCUCAAAAUCUAGUCAUAAUUUUAGUGCUUAUAAUAAUAUGAGAUUUGGUAUUAUAAAUAACAAAACGUGUUUUGAGCUUUGUAGGUAGUUAUUGUCUUUGAUAAUGAUUUAUUAAAAGUUAUUUGAAAUGAGUAUUUCAUAAGGGCAAUAUUAUGUUUUGUAAAUAUUUGGUUCCUAUAAAUGUUAGUCUUAAAUCAAAAAAAUGAUAGUAGUUCUUAUCAACCUGUAUAGUGUAAAUAUUAGUUUUUAGAUUGAUCGUGUAAAUUUUUUGAAAAUGAGAUAUAAUCAUUAUAAUUCAUUUGAAAAUAUUUCUUAUAAUUAAUUAUUACUGUUACAAAAAAAAUAAACAAAAAUGUUGACUGGCAGUUUUUCUUUUCGUAUAGAAUGGUACUGUAGGUAAGUAGACGAUAUUAAAUAAUUAAAAUAUUGUUGAAAAUAA